GGGCGGAACCGGUGUACGCAGUUCAUUGUUGUCGACCGGCGUCAAGGCAACAGGGAUGCUGUUCUCUUCCUCCGGCUGCGGUUGCUGUGGAGUUCAGUCCAGCCAGUCUGGUUGAGGAGCACGGUCCUCUGCAUUGGGUCUAUGGUUGCUCCGCUGGCCGCUUUACCGGCUGGUGCUUUUGUAUCAGGCCAAGCAGUAUUCCAUGGCAGGGAACUUCUGGCAGAGCUCCCACUAUUUGCAGUGGAUUUUGGAUAAACAAGAUCUGUUGAAGGAGCGCCAGAAGGACUUAAAGUUUCUCUCAGAAGAAGAAUAUUGGAAAUUACAAAUAUUUUUUACAAAUGUUAUCCAAGCAUUAGGUGAACAUCUUAAAUUAAGACAACAAGUUAUUGCUACUGCUACAGUCUAUUUCAAGAGAUUCUAUGCCAGGUAUUCUCUGAAAAGUAUAGAUCCUGUAUUAAUGGCUCCUACCUGUGUUUUUCUGGCAUCCAAAGUAGAGGAAUUUGGUGUCGUCUCAAAUACAAGAUUGAUCGCUGCUACUACUUCUGUAUUAAAAACUAGAUUUUCAUAUGCCUUUCCAAAGGAAUUUCCUUACAGGAUGAAUCAUAUACUAGAAUGUGAAUUUUACCUUUUAGAAUUAAUGGAUUGUUGCUUGAUAGUGUAUCAUCCUUAUAGACCUCUGCUCCAGUAUGUGCAGGACAUGGGCCAAGAAGAUGUGUUGCUUCCCCUUGCAUGGAGGAUAGUGAAUGACACCUACAGGACGGAUCUUUGUCUGUUGUAUCCUCCCUUCAUGAUAGCUUUAGCUUGCCUACAUGUAGCCUGUGUUGUACAACAGAAAGAUGCUAGGCAGUGGUUUGCGGAACUUUCUGUGGAUAUGGAGAAGAUUUUGGAAAUAAUCAGGGUUAUUUUAAAACUAUAUGAGCAAUGGAAGAAUUUUGAUGAGAGAAAAGAGAUGGCAACUAUUCUCAGUAAGAUGCCGAAACCAAAACCACCUCCAAACAGAAGCUCCCUGAGUGAUUCUCCACUAAUGGCAGGGCCUGAAGCUGCAAGAUGAUGCUGGACAAGAUCAGGCAAUCUCCUAUUGUCACAGUUACUGUGAAGGAGAGCAGGGUCCAAAUGGAAGUCAGAACUCUAGCUACAGCCAGUCUUAAAACACCCUGAAGACUCCUGUAGUGGACCACUUGGAAGUAAAGCAUUGGACAGUUUGAGUAAUGUCUUCAUUGGAAAUCAGAUGCAAACGAAUAGCUUGUUUCUGUCAAUCAUAUUGGGAAGUGAUUUAAUUUUCACAAAAUAAGUUUUCUUUACCUAAUUGAUUCUAGUGUAUAUUUUAUUAAAUCUUAAUUAUAAAAUUUAAUACAGCUCUAAGGGGACCUAUAGCCAGCCAUACACAGACAUUUCAGAGUUAACCUCUCUCUCUCUCUCUCUCUCUCUCUCUCUCUCUCUCUCUCUCUCUCUCUCUCACACACACACACACACACACACACACACACAC